UGCUAUUGUUAUUCAAAUGUAGGGACAAGUAUAAACCAGGACGCUUUCAGUCAAACCGCCAUUCUCAGUUCUGACAUCUGACUGUACGUGUGUUCUCAGUUUGGUGUGAAGUUUGAAGACUUGCGAAGAAAAAUGAACAUGGAAGAUACGGACGGCUUGGAUGCUACAAACAGACCUACCUGGGGGGGUCGACCCAGAAACCGUACCCCGGGUACGAAGGUAGAGCGCUACUGCUGCCCAUUCUGUACCUUCGUGACGUGGGCUGGCCCCGCCGUACUCUCGUAUCACCUGCGGUCCCACCUCGGCACCCAGCACUGUCCUAUCUGUGGUGUCUCCGCAGCCAGCAAACCUGCACUUCACCAACACAUCGCCAGGCGGCACAUCCGUCCAGAUACAGCCUACAGCGAUAACAAGGACUACUUGGCUGAAGCACCGGACAAAUGUCUUAGUUUCUGCGAACCCUGUCAAAUGGUGGCCCGCUACGACAGACGUGUUUUCCUCCACUGUUGUUUCCUGUGUGACUAUUCCGAUUCCAACUCUCUAAACUUGACCAGGCACGUGAUGGCAGGACACGUACAAAUCGCCAAAACUCAAAUCGAGUUCAACACACCCGGACUUGUGCAGCAACCACCUGUACACUUUUCAGUGGUAUCACCAGACAAAGACGUUGGUCAGAAUUGUUCAAUCCGUCAGAAACCAGAGGGAGAAGCCGAGAGGCAGGGCCCGGGAGAAGAGCUGCGCACACCGCCGCAGGAACGACAGAGACACGGCAAGCGCAAGUCACUGGAAACAUCCCCACCAACUAUGGAACACACGCACACUAGUCCUUCAGCCUUGUCGGUUGUAAAAGAUUACGUCACCGUUCCUCUGAAGAAGCGACGGAAGGUUUCCAUGGAAACUGUCAACAACGAACCGUCCACAGCGUGUGAAAAAGACAACAGCUUGUCAACGAGACUUUCGCCUAGUUCCCAACAAGAAAUGCAGGGACAGAAUGCAGAGACUGUCACGAGCAGAGUAACAUAUAACGUAGGUUUCUGUUCAAUGUGGAUGCCGUUGACUUCAUCGCCACCAGUGUUGGAACAGGAGGUGCCGUUGGACUUGUCCGUGCGUAAAGCGCCACCUGCCGACUUGUCAGAGAGUGCCAUGCCCGUGAUCACUUCCGUGUUUUCAUGGAAAGACUACAUAUGAAGUGGGAUAAUUCGGCAUUGCUGUGAAAGAUGGUGCCUUUUUAGACGAAUAGAAAGCAGGUUGUAUUUUUGUUUUAGCCAUAGCUGUAGUAAUAAUAUAUACUACUACUGUGUGGACUGGAAAACGUUAAAUUAUGUAGAUUACCUUACUUUGAAUAGAAGUACAUUCAUUCAAUUCAGCAAGUGUAUUCGGUUCUUUUUCCUUCUUUAAGUUACGUGGAUGAUUUAUUCAGUAUGACAAGAUACUAGUUUCAGAUGUAUCAACAACAUGUGGUAAACGAUGGAAUCGCUUUUAGCUAGGGAAUACAGAAAUAUUAAAGUAAGUUCUAAAGUCUAGCUAUCUUGUUUCUGAGUUAAGGUUAACUCAAUGCUUCACAAACCCAAUUAUACUAACACAGCUGGGCUAUCGCACGUUCGCAUUCAGAGGCACAACUUACUACAAUACACAUUCAGUUGACGAAGGACAAAGUAACAAUUCUACGGUAUACCGGUAGUUACCUCAAGGAAUAUGCCUCAUCUGGCAACUUAAUCCCAGGGCUCCACUCCAUCUUUUGACUUUUUGGCUUUGACCUUUGAACGUCUACAAUGGACACUGAUUUUGUUUUGACGCUUUGGUUUUCGUGUGGUUCACUGAUGUCUUAACUUUGACUUUUUUACAUGUAUGUUGACCUCCAUUGGAAAUAAAAUUUCAAAAGUUU